AUGGCUGAUCGUGGUGGACGCGGUGGCGCUGCUCCCGCCGGAGCCGCUGAGCGCGGUCGUGGUGGUGGCUUCGGAGGCCGUGGCGGCGACCGUCGCGGUCGUGGCCGUGGCCGUGGUCGUCGCGGCGGCAAGGGCGAGGAGAAGGAGUGGCAGCCCGUCACCAAGCUCGGCCGUCUCGUCAAGGCUGGCAAGAUCAACAGCAUGGAGGAGAUCUACCUGCACUCCCUGCCCAUCAAGGAGUACCAGAUUGUCGACCACUUCCUCAAGGACUCCCUCAAGGAUGAGGUCAUGAAGAUCAAGCCCGUCCAGAAGCAGACCCGUGCCGGUCAGCGUACUCGUUUCAAGGCCGUCGUCAUCAUCGGUGACUCCCAGGGCCACGUCGGUCUCGGCAUCAAGACCUCCAAGGAAGUCGCCACGGCCAUCCGCUCCGCCAUCAUCAUCGCCAAGCUCUCCGUCAUCCCCGUCCGUCGCGGCUACUGGGGCAACAACCUCGGUCAGCCUCACUCCCUGCCCUGCAAGGAGUCCGGCAAGUGCGGUUCCGUCACCGUUCGCCUCAUCCCUGCCCCCCGCGGUACCGGCCUCGUCGCCUCCCCCGCCGUCAAGCGCUUCCUGCAGCUCGCCGGUGUCGAGGACGCCUACACGUCGUCGGCCGGCUCCACCAAGACCCUCGAGAACACCCUCAAGGCCUGCUUCGUCGCCGUCUCCAACACCUACGGCUUCCUCACCCCCAACUUGUGGAAGGAGACCAAGCUGCUCCGCAGCCCCCUCGAGGAGUUUGCCGACUCUCUCAAGGAGGGCAAGCGCAUUUAA